CGUCCCUCUGCCGUCCCUCCCAGCCGCCCGGGUCCCGCUCUCCCUGCGCCGGAGGGACCCGCAUCCUCCCGGCUCCCUCCUCUCGGGUUGGAUUUACAUAGUGAUGUGUAAACUACAGGAUGCCCAGCAGCACUGGAAAGAGGUUUAAACCUACGAAAUACAUCCCGGUCUCCACAGCAGCUGCCUUAUUAGUGGGUUCGACUACUUUAUUUUUUGUUUUCACGUGCCCCUGGUUGACAAAAGCCAUCUCCCCAGCCAUCCCAGUGUACAAUGGACUCGUUUUCUUGUUUGUGCUGGCAAACUUCAGCAUGGCAACUUUCAUGGACCCCGGAGUUUUCCCACGAGCAGACGAAGACGAGGAUAAAGACGACGACUUCCGCGCGCCGCUGUACAAGAACGUGGAGAUCAAAGGAAUCCAAGUACGGAUGAAGUGGUGUGCCACCUGCCACUUCUACCGCCCGCCCCGCUGCUCCCACUGCAGCGUCUGCGACAACUGCGUGGAGGAUUUUGACCAUCACUGCCCAUGGGUCAACAAUUGCAUAGGACGGAGGAACUACCGCUAUUUUUUUCUCUUCUUGCUGUCCUUAAGUACGCACAUGGUUGGAGUGUUCACCUUUGGGCUCAUCUUCGUACUAAACCAUAUGGAAAAGCUGGGAGCAGCUCACACUACCAUUACAAUGGCUGUCAUGUGUGUGGCUGGGUUGUUCUUUAUCCCAGUCAUUGGUCUCACUGGCUUCCAUAUUGUUCUAGUGGCCCGAGGGCGCACAACGAAUGAACAGGUGACAGGGAAAUUCCGUGGGGGAGUGAAUCCUUUUACCCGCGGAUGCUGUGGAAAUGUGGAACAUGUGCUCUGCAGCCCCUUGGCUCCCAGGUAUGUGGUUGAGCCCAAGAAGAAGCAAGCUGUGAGUGUGAAGCCUCCCUUCCUGAGACCGGACUUGUCUGAGCGGCAGAUCACCGUGAAGAUCAGCGACAACGGCAUCCAAGCCAACCUCAACCGCAGCAAGUCUAAAAUCAGCCUGGAAGGUCUGGAGGAUAAGAGUAUGGAUGUGCAACCACCUCUCCCAGCCAAAGGAGAUCCAAGCAAGUACUCUGAGCUAAAAGGGCAGCUGGGCACCAGUGAAGAAGGAGGCCUCUCACCCAAACUUAUCAGCCCUCCCACUCCUGCCAUGUACAAAUACCGACCAGCUUUCAGCAACAAUCCCAAAGUGCACUACCACGCCACGGCCGAGCAGAUCACCCUGCAGGAGGGACACAGUCAAGGGGCUCUGAUAGAAGAGGAUGGCAGGAGCCUUGAUUACCAGUCCGAACCCAGCUUGGACAUCCCCAGCUACCGCAAGAGCUCCCUCCACAAGACCUACCAGUCUUCCCCACUCCAGAUAGAUUCCUUUGCCAUCAAUUCACGAUCCCUGAGCCUGAAAUCUGCUGGCAGGAGAGGGACAGACAAAGUGCCCCUUCAUCCAAUAAAGUCUGAAGGGGCGGCUUCCACCCCUUACAAAAGCAUCUUUUCUCCCAAUUCCCUGUCCAACAGAAAUGGGAGUCUUUCAUAUGACAGUUUGCUGAACCCCAUGUCUCCCUCGGGGAGGAAGUGCAUUGCCCACUCUGCAGUCAGCUCUGUCGGGUACCACUCCCCAUAUUUGUCAGCCAAAAUGUGCCACCUGCGGGGCAGCGAGCUGCAGCGCCAGCCCCCGCAGAGCUUCAGCCCCGUGCUGGGCAGCCCGGCCCCGCAUCAGCGAGACCCCUCCCCAGUGCGCUACGAUAACCUUUCCAAGACAAUUAUGGCAUCCAUCCAGGAAAGGAAAGAGAUGGAAGAGAGGGAGAAGCUCCUCCACUCGCACCCUGACUCGGUGUUUGCAGACUCGGGGGUCUAUGACACGCCCAGCUCCUACAGCCUGCAGCAAGUGAGCACGCUCUCGGAAGACCCGCGCAGCAUGGCCAUGAGAUACGGAUCCAGGGACAAUCUGAUGGCUGCCACCAGCUUUAGCACAAGGAACCCUCUACUGCAGUCCUCAGUGUCUUCACUCUCAAGUGCAAUGACAAGAGCCCCAAGGACUUCCACAACCUCUCUGCAAGCUGAUUUAGCCAAUAAUAAUGUGCAGUCCCAUCAAGCACUACAGGGCAGGGUCAGCAAUGGCUCCUACAAAUCCCCAGGCCACCAGGUCCCAUCGUCCCCCACAGGGAUGCCUAGGUCACCCUCUUACGGAGGCCCGAAGGCUGUGUCAUUUGUAAACACUGUGGAAAUCACAGAGGUGCAGUCAGUGGGAGCACAGAGGGAUGACAUGCAGUUGAAGACACCUCACAGUAAAAUAAAUGGACAGCCAAAAGGAAUAGCCAGGUUGGGUUCAACAUCAAGUUCCCAGGGGACGCCAGUCAGCCCUGCUAGGCACUCUAAUGUUAAGAAGGUGUCUGGAGUUGGUGGAACAACCUAUGAAAUUUCAGUGUAAAAUAAAAUGAAUUAAAAACAAAGAGCCAUCCACUCAGCCAGCCAUGAAGCUAGGAGCACUGUGAAGACUCAAACAACAACAAAGAAGGAGCAGCAGCAGUCGGCCACUCUCCUUUUCUUGUUUUGGGUUUGUUCUGUUUUCAUCUUUCUCUUUCGGCCAAAAACCAGCUGCAGCCUUAUUCUUGAGGGAAUAAUAAAAUUGUACAGUCUAUCAGACUCUUCCUGAACCGACAGGCGGGAACUGGCUACGACCUAAGACCACCACAGAGAGGAAUUCCUUCCUGCAAGAGAGCGCUAAAGCCAUUGCGCGCGUGUCUGUCCAACCACUCUGUUGUGUACCACUUGUGCUGUGAAACAGUUCAGUCAGUCGAGGAUCAGUCAGUUCUCCCAUGCCCCUUCCCAGUUCUUCUGGCCAGCGAUGUGUCCAGCAGGAGCCAGAGGACCAACUGCUGUUUUCCUGCUGACAUGGAAAGCAGGGUUCCUGCACUGGGCAGGAACUUCUCCUCAUCCCCCGGGCACUGCAGUUCAGGUUCCUCCUCCUGGGAAGGAACAAGGCAAGGCCACUUGGGCUGCAGACACCAUGUUUUCUUUAAAAGCCUCCCUGGUCCCGGAUGGGGGCAGGAGAAAGGAUAGCAACAGCUUCUCCCUGUCUGCCAUUGGCCUCCCUGUGUGUGAAGUUGUGUGUGUGUGUGCGCGUGUUUGUCUCCAUGGAAAAGGACCGCAGCACCGGCGAGGAUCUGCCACUCUGACCUCCUGCUCCCUCUGGGUUGGAAAGGCUGACCCAGCAACAAAACCAAGCAGAUAAGAAAAUAAAUGUUCAGAUGGAAACAUAUUUUAAACAGCCAUCAGCUGCUUUCUCUGCACCCUCUUACCUGUUGGAUUUAGGCAAUAACAGAGUUUACUGCCUUGCCCUGGUGCCGUCAGUGUAAUCCCACAGCAAGGUUAUCAUAAGCUGUCGAAUUUACAGUGUGUGUAACUGAGCCAAGCGUGCAUCUAAAGGAUAUAAAUUUUCUGUCUGCCUAAUUACUAGCACAUUCCCUCUGGUCUUCAAUACUGUUAGACAAAGGAUUUUCAAUUUGGGUUUUUCCCCCCUGGGGAACAACUUUUUAAAAUAAUAUCAAUCAAAUCUAUUUAACAUUCUGAGGUUUCUUUCUCCUGUCUCCAGAAAACUACAUUUACUUUGUUGGAUUUAAGGACAACUUUACCAUAAAAAACAAGAAAGGGGUGCAUUACUUUUGUCAAAAAUAUGAGGACUCUGGCAAAGCUAAUUUUGGGACAAAUGGAUUUUUGUUUCUCUAUUCGUUAUCUCCUUUUCCUUACCAUUCAGUUACCACCUCAGAAGUCAAAAGUACUGAGAUCUGGACCAACGCUAACUUGCCAGAUCAUGUGUGCAAUUAAGAAUAUCCUGAGCGACUGUUGCCAAAGUCACUAAAAAUUAUAAUUUACCACUGAGUCAGUCAGCAUACAAGACCUCAACUUCCCACCUGGUUCUCUUGGUGAAUAGUUUUGAUUAGAGAUCUAAAUCCAUCAUUUUUCAGGAUAUUCCUUUCAAGGGGUUAAAUCCUUUUCAGUCCUUGACUAUAACGGAAAGCUCUCCAGGUAUUUGGUAGCAAUUCAGAAUGUGUUCAUAAUAUCUUAUUUGUUUUCAUGUAUGUUGAGGUUAAUUAUUCCAGAAGGCAAAUAUUGACCUUAAUUUUGCCUGGUUAAAAUUUAUAUUUUGAUUUGAUGAAUCUUGACAUCUGCUGCAAUACAUGGUUAUUAUGUCCCUUGUAUAUCACAUUAUUUUUUGGAGACAAAGGUUGAAGAGAACAUAAGAAAGUUAAUCAUCUCUCUGUGUAACGCUCUAUGUUGCCUGAAGGAAGAAACGUGGAAAGCAAUGCUUCUGCAAUAGGCUGAAGCUCUGAGAGAGCGAAGUGAAAAUCAGCGUGCAUUUUAUUGCCUUGGUGGUAUUUUCAAUGCCUGGUGUAGGAAUAUUGCAGAGCAGAGAAGCAAUAGUCUUUCUGUGCAUGUAGAACAUUGUCUUUAGUUGGAGGCACCAUGGUACCAGAAGGAUGCUGGUAAACUGGAUCAGGUAUAGAUGGAGCAAUAUAUAUUAAAGAACUGGAUGGGCUGGCUAAUGAGAAGAUUUAAAGGGCUAAAACAUGCCACUGACUAAGCAAUUAAGUGGAAAUUGAAUAUCGUAACUUUACAAAUAUGUUACUUAAAAGUUGUAAAACCAAAGGUAAAUCCAAGGGUUGUCACUGGUAACCAAUGGUCUACAUUUAGAAUGGGACAGGAAAGAUGGAGAGGAAGGGGCAGUGAAUAGUCUUCCAAGCAGAGUUUUGGACAAACUGUUUAGGACAGUCAAACUGUAUUUGGAAAAGUCAUUAAAAUUUUUCUUUAAGAGCUGAAUCUGUAGGGACAAGGGGUAGACCAGAUGGCCUUACAGAUUUCUUCCAUCUUUAACUGUUAUUAAUCUGCAGUCUACCCUGAUGUUAACUCCUCAGGAAGAUGCAGUACUUCUUUAAGGACUGGAAUUCACUCUGGUGCAUAGAGUAUCACAAAAUUACUUGUUUUUAAAGUAUCAUGUAUGCCAUAUGUAAGCCCUGAAAAAGAGGGGGUAGGAAACACAUGGGAUUAGGGAGUGAGACAAGGGCACAUUUUAUCAUGUAUCUUUGAAUACGUACAUGAAAUUCAUGCAAGCAAGGCUGAAAAUUUGCACCAAUGUAAUAUUUGAGAUUUGCAUCCCAGUGAUGCUCCACUUUGAUCAUUCUUUCUCUUGCAUUUAUAAAUGAAAAAGCUACUGAGGAACUUGAAGGGCCAAAGAGCCUUUGAAGUUAACUACAUUAGUUCAUGAGAGAAUUUCUCAGUAAGACUAAACACAGUAUUGUGUGUAUAAAGCACUAAUAUCCAGGGGUUAUUUUGACAUAGUUCACAAGGGGUAAGGGAGAAAAAAAAGAUGCACUGUGUCAGUACAGGUUCAGCAGUAAGGAUGACGUAUUUUGUGAGUAGUUUUGCCCACAGUUGAGAGAUACUCAACUUUUUCAUAGGUUUACAAUGGUACCAAAGUUUCUGGUUUUUUUCCUUUUGAGGUUUGCAUUUAAUUCAGUGCACAUAGCCUGGAGUAAAUGAUUCAGAUUUUCUGAAAGAAUAAUCUAAGCAGAACUGUUAGCAGGAGAUUGCAUGCAGCAAAUCCAGCCUCAUUUCCAUCCAAGGCACUGAACCUGCAGCUAUUUACUCAUAAAUGUAAGUGUCUGUUCCAUAGUUCCUGUUGUGGGACUGGGGACCUAUUUAUUAAAUCUAAUUUUUGAGCAGAAUCCAGCCCAUAUUAAGACAUAGUUCUUUAAGCAGUUUACAGAUCAGCAGUAAGGUUCUUCUGUCAAGACACCCUGUUUUUAUGGACACUGCAGACCAAAUCUUCAGCUUGUAAAAAUUGGUGUGGCUCCAUGAAAGCUCAUUUAAUUGAUGCUAAUUUAUAGUAGGUGGGGAUCAGCCAUGAAAAUCCAGCAUGAGUCCUGUAAAGUAGCUUCUUUAUUUUUGUCAUGUUUAUUUCAUGUUUCAAAAGUCUUAAAUAUUUUUGACAUGUUUUUAUUUGUAGCUGUGGGUUGUAUUACUUAUUUAAAGAAGAGCAAUAGGUUUUUUUUAGUUUACGCAUCAGUUUUCAUUGCAUAUUGCAUUUUAUUAUCCGUUUGUUCCCUGUUCAUAUGCUCCCAUUUAGCCUCCAGGUUUUCAUUGUAGUACUUUUCUGCCUUGAAAAGUUGGAUCUCUAUAUCUUUAGUUGUAUAAUAUAUUGAGUAUUAUGGAAUUAAAUGUACCUUACUACAUGGGUGGGAGAGAGAGAAAAUAUUUUUACUUGAAGCCUUAAUAUUUUCUUUUUUUACUACUUUGUUUGUUGACCUCAUAGGAAAGUCUGAAUAGCAAAGACUUUGAAACUCCGGGCCAAAUACUGCACUGACAGACAACCAGCAUUUGGCCCCCAUGUCAAAACUGGAUGCAGACAUAACCUGAAGUGAACAAGGGAAAAAGCCUCAGGGUGGCAUAUUUUCCUGAAGAUCAUUAAUACAGUCUCAAAACAUGUCUGUAAGCAAGUACAUUAAAGAAGUCUUCAAGUCUUGAAUUUUUAAGGAAGGUGAUAGCAGGAACUGCCCUAAUAUCUUACAUCGGCUUUUUUUUUAAUUUUUUUUUUUUUAAUUAAGCAAAACAAAUGUAUUUACUCAGUUUGGUUCAGCCAGCUCGGGGGGUUGCACAGAGCUCUGUGUUGGUAGCCAUGUGCAGCACAUGAGCUGUGGGGUGUUGCUGUUCUAAUUCUAACCAAGCGUGAUGUUGUGUCAACUCGGCCCCCGAGGAUCCCUCCCGGGCCUUACAGUGGACGUUCCUCAGAUGAUGCCUGCUCUCCUACAAGCCUAAUAUGGAAAUUGCAAUGUGGUUUUCUUUGGACUAUAUCUGUGGUCCAGACUAGAGAUAUAUAGAGAGAUAUAUAUAUAGUCAAUAUUUUUUUGUGUGUGUGGGAAAGAUGGGGUCAAGCUUUUCUGUCUCUGACAGUCUGGAAAGUUAAUGUCGAACCGUUUUUAUGGUCUGUAUUUCACCUGUUCUGCCACCUUGAAUUGUUGGAAUGUAUCUGUGCAGGCUUUGUGGAGCUCUGUGUGUAACCUUUUUUGUGGCUCUCGUAAUACAUAUAUAUUUUUUAAACCUU